CAAUUCCGGAAAUAACAUGCGUACACGCAGGCUGUCACGUACGCUCAGGAGUGGAUUUGCAUCGCUGCUGCGGCCUGAAUGACCUGUGCCAUGCUAUGAAGAGGCCUCAAGUGUCUCAUUUGACUCUUCACAGACACUCAACACAGUAUGCUCGUGCGAAUAAUGCAAGCCGCUCCGGAGCUGGGUUCCAUUCAGGGUGACAGAUGACGGUUGCCACCAAAGCAAGCAAAACAAGGCUCGGAAAUGAAAGUGGUUGCACCGGAGCUCCUCUCCGUCAGUCGACCCAGCGGCUCGGAUAAAAAAUGAAGGGCGGACGUGGGCUACGUGCACAUCCAGCGCACGAAGAGAUGAAAUGGAGACUUUGGGAGGGGCGGACCUCUUAAAGCCAAGCUCUGCCUGCCGCAAAUCGGUAGCAGUUUCAACGUCUCAGGAAAGAAGGAUCAGUGGCCAGCAGCUCGCCUGUACACCUGCUGACAUUGUGUACACGCACCCAGUAGACAUGGGGAUCAACGACUCGUGCGGGGUGCCGGUCGGGGGUCCGACCGCCGACGAGUUUCUGGCGGGUCUAGCCUCCCAAAGCGACCCCCGUGGACUCACAACCCCGACCAAACAAUGCAGAACCGGCGUGCCGCUCUACAACGGCGGCGUGGCGUCUCUGUCCGUGGAAGGAAGCCCCGCCGGCGCUUUGGCCCACACACCGAACCCAGCACAGAUGAAGGGGACCGCGGGGGCCCCUCUGUACCCCCUCACCAGCAGAGCCUGUCUGUUAGAGAAUGCGGACCCUGCUGUGAUGAGGAGGAUCAAUAAUGACUUAAGAGCCAGACAGCAACAUCAGAAGAGGAGAGGUGGGGAGAACCGGGACUUGGGUUCUGAGACUCUUGCUAGGUCAGCAGGGUUGGGGGAUUCUGCAGACACGCUUUUUAUCUCGGGGGAGUCCGACUUGAAGCGGAGGAGAUUGGCUGAUGGAAGUAUCGCUCACAAUUUUUCAGGUGCCAGACUGACUGCCGAUUGCAGUAAGAGUUGCUACGCUGACCUGCUGAUUACCAGUCACGGUGUCGCUCCCCAGACACCCCUCAGUCUUACGGUCCCCCCACCCCAAAUUAUACAGCACGACAUAUAUCGGCCCGUAACCCCCGGCCCUCCGUAUGCCUGCAGUCAGACCUCCCCCGUGGAGGCUAACGGAAUCCCGCCACCGCCACCGUCAGAGGUGUCUGUCUGGUCAGCCGAACGCGUAGCUCUUCGGUACAUCGUGCCCUGCAUGAAGUACUACGGCAUAUGUGUGAAGGACAGUUUUCUUGGCACUGUGUUGGGCGAACAAGUCUUGGAGGAGGUCGAAGUCCUAAAUCAAAGCGGAAAAUUCCGUGGCGGGCAGCUGGUGAGCCAGAGGGGCAUUCCUUCCGGGAGCAUCCGAGGUGACCAAAUUGCCUGGGUGGAAGGGCACGAGGCGGGGUGUAAGAACAUCGGGGUUCUGAUGUCUUACAUCGACGAGGCCAUCAUGUACAGUGCGGCCAAUGGACAGCUGGGGGACUGCGUCAUCAAUGGACGGACUAAGGCCAUGGCUGCCUGUUACCCAGGUAAAGGUGCAGGAUAUGUCCGCCAUGUGGAUAACCCCAACGGUGACGGACGCUGCAUCACAUGUAUCUACUAUCUCAACAAGAACUGGGAUGUUAAGACACAAGGAGGGGUGCUGCAGAUCUUCCCCGAAGGCAAAAAUGUGGUCGCAAACAUCGAACCCUUGUUUGACCGGCUGCUCAUCUUCUGGUCAGACCGCCGCAACCCACACGAAGUCAAGCCGGCCUACGCAACUCGCUAUGCCAUCACAGUCUGGUACUUUGAUGCCAAAGAGCGGGCAGAAGCAAAAGAGAAAUACAGGCUAGCAACGGGACAGAAAGGUGUUCAAGUGCCUGUCAGUCAGAACAGCAGGACAUGAAUCCCUGCUAAUCACCGGAGAGCCAGCAUGAAAGCACCGUGUGCCUUUCUGAGCUCUUAAUGGAUGCCAUAAAAGGAGUUAAGGGAGUUAAACUGUCACUCGCUUGUGCAGAACAGACCAGGCUGCUCUGGUAAAGGUCGGCCUAGAGUUCUCCGCUGUGGAAAAUGAAACGUUCCUCACCUUUAGAUAUCUCGCUGAAUCCUCCAUGAGGACGACUAACUGGAAAAAAGGACUCCUUGUUCAUUACUUUGGCUGUUAUCAGUAAUGUGAGGAAUCUUUCUUCCCCAACUCAAACAAGAACAACAUUAUGAAUCAAAUACGUGAGAGACACAAGGAGCAUAGCUCAUCAACAGGACGUUUUGACCCCGUGAUAACUUCCUCGACAGAUAUGAACUGGCUAUUAUGGAGAACUACUGACAAGUUGACAGUGACGAGAAGAUGGUACUUGUUUACUCAGUACUCACCAUCCACACUGAACUGAACUGUCCACAGAAGGUAGUGGAACCAAAAGUGGCAUAAACAUUUCAUUUUCUCUCAAUUCAAUGCAAUGGUUCCCUAACAGAAUUACAUGAGUGAGGGAAAACCUUUCACUCUACAUUUAGAAGUGAUGUGGACACACACAGCUUCAUAGUCUUAAUCAGGGUCUCACAUAAGAGUGUUGUGUGCAUGUCUGUGUCAGUGCGGGUGUGUAUGUGAGUCCACUUGUACCUCAUACUUGCUCAAACACAACAAAAAAGUACAAAAUGUAGAUGCCUAGCACAUGUGGAUAGAUAACAAUACAAAGAUAACUAUAGUUAGAAUGAAAAAAGGAUAUCGUUUACUCACCGGCCAUACCUGAACAUCCAUGUAAUACAAUACAAGAGCUGUAUAGACGCUGAACUGCCUAAAAUCAAUCAUUCCCUGGCAAAAUGUAAAGUUAAUGGGAAUUUUGAUUUUGGUGAAAGAAUAUGGCAAGUAUAGCUCUGUGUGUUUUGAUACUAUUAUAUAUUGUUUGCAUUUUGACAAAAAGUUCUUUCUUUAUAAAUAUUCUUCCUCUACAGGUGCAUCAAAUAAUACUCAUAAACAUUUCAAGUUAAUUUCAGUUGUUCAUUUUAAAAGUAGAAAUUUGCGGUGGCGUAGAACUGUACUGCAUCAUGGGUUCAGUGCAGAUGACUUGGAAAUGCAUGUACUGUACAGUUUAGAGAGAGAAAACAUGUUUUUCAAUAUUUGCCCCUCUCAUUUAACCAAAUAGGGUAACGGAAUGCACAACAAUAAGCAAGUACUCCAAACAAAAUUGAUCAUCAUUAUGGUUUGAAUACAGAUCUUGUAUUGGAUCUCAUUAGAAUGUGCAGGUGCUAGUGAGUUUAAAUGAUGAUUAUUAUAAGCUUAACAUUUAUCUCUAGACAGUAACUUAUGCGGGGAUAGUACAAUACCAAGGACAUGGUUGAGCACACACACACACACACACACACACACACACACACAAACUGUUUGUGAACUGCGUCUACUGCCUGCUUGUGUGCGUGUGUGUGUGUUUUUCAGUGGGUAUUUGCACAUACUGUAUGUGAUAGAUCUACUGUCAUGACGAUGGUUACAGUUGUUCGUGUUAGCCUAGUAAAAAGGUUAUUUUACAACCAAAAAAAAGCACUUUAUUUAAUGAACUGAAUGAGUGUAAAGAAAAAAGAGCCAGAUGAAGGAGUUACUCUUAAGUGGCUUUGGUUGGUGAAGAAAAUGCAAUAAUAUCUGUCUGUUUUUUGUUUUUUAACGCUUGACAACAAUCAAACCAAUUGUGAAAUGAUGUGUGACUGAUCGAGAAAGAACAACUAAAUGCAGUCUAAUAAUGA